GCGCGCGGCAUGGCUUGUGGUGGAACGGGCGGCUCCCCUGUCGUGCCGCUCUGCAGCGUCUCUGUGCUGGGGCUCGGUACUUCCCAUCAAGGUGGCUAUUCCCAUGAUGCUGUGGUCCAUGCAUUACGACCAUGCGGCAUUCGUCAUGUUGACACAGCAAAAAGAUAUGGCUAUGAAUCUAUCUAAGCUAUCUAAGAGAGAGGUGUGAAGCGAGAGGACCUCUGGAUAACUACCAAACUGUGGCACAGUGAUUAUGGCUAUCAAAACACAAAAAAAGCCUGCUUGGAGUCAUGUGAAAGACUUGGUGUUGAAUAUCUUGAUCUUUAUCCGAUACACUGGCUUGAUACUCAUGUUCCAGGUAAAAGGAAUCAGGAGUUCCGAGCUGAAACCUGGAGAGCAAUGGAGAAGCUUUAUGAGAAAGAGUCUCAUGGUAAUUCUGCAAAGGUGUCUGAAAAUUUCUGUUCCACCACUGUGCACUGGUGUGUGUAGAUCAAUUGGCGUAAGCAAUUUUCAUAUCAGUCAUCUUGAGCAACUACAGGAAGACUGUGUGGUUACCCCACAUGUUAAUCAGGACUGCAGUUUGUGAGCGUGUGCAGGAGUGCUGGGAACUGCGGGGCCACCACAGGUUUGCGUUCUGUGUCUGGCGGCACCAUGAGCUCUGGCACCACCGCCCCAGUGAGGGUGGUCAGCAGCCUCACCAACACUGACGUCAACUACGUCAUCAAAGAGCACUAUAAUUACACGGGAAAGCUAAAUGAGAAUGCGGACAGUGGAAUAAAAGUCACGUCGGUGGUUUUUAUCAUAAUUUGCUGCUUUAUAAUCUUAGAGAACAUUUUUGUCUUGCUCACCAUCUGGAAAACCAAGAAAUUUCACAGACCGAUGUACUAUUUCAUUGGGAACCUGGCUCUUUCAGACUUGUUGGCUGGCGUGGCUUACACUGCCAACCUCCUGCUCUCCGGACACAAAACUUACAGCCUUACCCCUUCCCAGUGGUUCGUAAGGGAGGGCAGCAUGUUUGUUGCCUUGUCAGCUUCUGUGUUCAGCUUGUUGGCCAUCGCCAUUGAGAGAUACAUCACCAUGCUGAAGAUGAAGCUCCACAAUGGCAGCAACAGCUUCCGUUCUUUCCUGCUGAUCAGUGCCUGCUGGGUUAUCUCUGUGAUACUCGGGGGACUCCCGAUCAUGGGCUGGAACUGCAUCAGCCUCUUGUCAAACUGCUCCACGGUGCUGCCGCUCUACCACAAGCACUAUAUUCUGUUUUGCACCACAGUUUUCACCGGCCUGUUGCUAUCUAUUGUUGUCCUCUAUUGCAGGAUCUACUCCAUGGUGAGGACUAGGAGCCGUAGGCUGACAUUUCGAAAAAACAUUACCAAAGCUACCAGGAGCUCAGAAAAGUCACUAGCCUUGCUCAAGACAGUGAUCAUAGUCCUGAGUGCCUUCAUUGCUUGCUGGGCUCCCUUGUUCAUCCUGCUUUUACUGGAUGUGGGCUGUAGAGUGAAGACAUGCCCGAUCCUAUAUAAAGCAGAGUAUUUCUUAGUGCUGGCCGUGCUCAAUUCAGCCACGAACCCUAUCAUCUACACCUUAACAAACAAAGAAAUGCGGAGGGCUUUCAUCAAGAUUCUGUGCUGCUGCAAAUGUCCUCCCACGGACUCGGGGACUAAAUUCAAGAGGCCAAUCAUUGGAGGGAUGGAGUUCAGCCGGAGUAAGUCCGACAAUUCCUCCCACCCACAGAAGGAGGAAGGCGACCGUCCUGAAACCAUCAUGUCUUCAGGCAACGUUACCUCAUCUUCUUAGGAGUGACCAUGGAGGUGUGUUUAGAGCCUUCCUCUGAAACUGGGAGCUGAGGCACCUUCUGCUCGCUGCAGCAGUGCUGGGCUGAGGAGCGAGUAUCAUUAGUUCUAACGAGGCCAAUGGUGCACUUGUGAGGCUGGAGUUCAAGAAAUGGGACACGCUGUUCUGGCUCAAAAGUCUAUUUCCCUGGAGCAUGUUUUGUCUUUGCACUGAGGCAGCUCAGGAUUGUCAGGCGCAUUCAUAUCCUGAAAUCUCCUUAGUAACUCUGAAAGACUGAUGCUUUGGGGAAGUGAUGCCUAGUGUGUGCAAGAGAAUGAGAGUGGGGGAAUAGGCAAAGAGAGAAUUAAUCUUUUUUUUUUUUUUUUUUUUUUUUCCUUUUCCCCUGUGAGAAGAAUGUGAAGUUAUUUUUCCUUUACUUGCAGCAAACCACUGACACAAAGCUCUUUCUGUACUGGGUUUAGUGAUGGCUCGUAUAGUUGGUCAGAGUGUUUGUUUAACACAUAACAAGGAAAAAGAUCAUGCAGGUAUAAUUUAUACCACAGGUGGCCAUAAUUUGACAUCACUUUCCAGAGUUUUUAGUUAAAUAGUAAGGUUCUAUUUGCAGAGUCCAAAGCUGUUGGAGUUUUAUUUAGCAAGAUCAUAGCUGUGAAUUUUUGUUGGUGGUCCAUAUUACUUUUGAAGACCAAGAGCCAGACUCUGUAGUUACACUCGCUUAUACAAUUCCACAACUGUGUUAGAUUUCAUGGAGUUGCUCAGAGCAGCAUUUGGCCCCGUUGUUUGCCAUGUUGUCAUAUAGCAUUAAAUAAAGUGCAUUAUUGCAACAAAAUGCGAGGUAGAACUAAAGGUCACUUCUUGUAGAGAUGACGGAGAGUAAAUCUAAUAGAACAAAAUACUGUUGACAACAGCAGGAUUUUUACUGGGGUAAAAAGAGCUAAAAACUGAAGGCAGAGGUUAUUGUCAGGUGAGGCAAAAGGUAAAGAUAGGUCACAUCAUCUGAAAAGAAAGCCUUGAGUUUCAGAAAAGUAAGAUUUCAAGUGAAUUGACUGUAGAUAAAUGCACUUCCACAACAAAGUGCAACACAUUUUGGCACAUUAUAUUAGUGUUCAUAAUUGCAGGAAAUAUGUUUGUAUUUUAUCAGUUCAUGGCUUCAUGGGAGAAGUGCCUGUCGUUAAAAUGAAUGUAUUUGUUUUCCAGUAUUGUUUUUACUUCUCUGGUUUUCUAACCUAUGCUAAUGGGGUUGAAUGUGUACAAUGUAAAUAAGUUAGUGAGAUACAGGAGUCUUCACGCACCUAGAGUAUUACUAUAACAAAAGUGGUAUAUCUGGGAUAGCUGAGAGCAACUGACUGAUUUACAGUUAUGGACUGUAACUCCUAGAAGUGGUAUUUUGUAAAAAAAUAAAAUAAAAAAUAAAAAAUAUUGCUUUUGUAGUAAAAUUUCCAGUGCAAUUAAAUUGUUUUUUUUUUCUGGUUUAAAAAAUAGUAUUUAAUAUGUUUCUGACUUCUGUUGUUCAAUUUGCACAUAGCUUUGUUGACUUCUAAACAUUAAUAAACUGAUUUUUUGUAAA